UGCCCCGCCCCGUCGCGCCCCGCCCGCGGCGCGGGGCCGGGGCUGCGCGGGCCGGGCUCGCCGCCCCGGGAAGCGGCGGGGACCCCCCCCCUUCUGCCUUCUCCCCCCCCCGCCCCCGAAGUUUGCCCCGGUGGAGCGGGGCCGCCGCUGCGCGCAGGCGGGAAGGCGCCGCGCCCCCCCGGCCCGCGCAGGCCGCCGCCAGGGAUGCAGCGGGCGGCGGCGGCGGGGCAGCGCGGGCUCCCGCGGCAGCGCUCCCCGGAGCGCCUGCCCUUCCGCUGCCCGCGCUGCGGCGGCGGCGGGUUCCGCAGCCUGUCGGCGCUGCGGGCGCACCUGGAGCACGGCCACGGCUGCGAGGAGAGGAGCCUCCUCGGCAAAAGCAGCCUCUUCUCCUCCCUCAAGGAUGCCGAGCCGACCUGCGCCGCGGAGCCCCGCGCCCGGGGCAGCCUGGGGAGCGCCGGCAGCGCCGUGCCGGUGCCGCCGUCCUGCGCCGUCUUCGGCGAGGCGCCGUGCGGGAGCGCGCGGAGCCGGCAGUCGCUGGAGGCCGAGAGGCCCGUGUCGCUCGUGGCCAGCUACAUGCCGGCUGAGGCGCCCGGCGAGCACGUUCCCAGAGCCGCCUUCCCCACCGCUGACUCCAAAGCCUCCUUCGAGGCGCACGUCAGGGAGAAAUUUAACCGGAUGGUAGAGGCCGUGGACAAAACGAUAGAGAAGCGGAUCGACAAGCUGACCAGAGAGCUGGCGCAGAAGACCGCCGAGCUGCUGGAGGUGCGGGCGGCCUUCGUGCAGCUGUCGCAGAAGAAGCAGGAGGUGCAGCGGCGAGAGCGGGCCCUGAGCAGGCAGGUGGACGUCGCGGUGGAGAUGAUCGCCGCCCUCAAGCAGCGCCUCAGUGAGUCCGAGGAGGAGCUCCACAGGAAAGAGGAAGAAGUUGUUACUUUCAACCACUUCCUUGAAGAAGCAGCAGAGAAAGAAGUCCGAGGAAAAGCCAGGCUCCAGCACUUCAUUGAGAACCUAUUGCAGCGGGUGGACCUGGCAGAAAGGCAGCUAGAAUAUUACCAAAAUCAGCAGAUUGUGUGCCACCACAAUGAUGUUGGCGAACCUGUGGUAAGCCAGCAAAGUCCUCUCACUAGUCGUCACCCACCCCUGGAGGGCAGGUCCUUGAAUCUGAAUUUUACAGACAUUUCAUUACAUAAGAAGCCCAGAUGCCUGAGCCGAGGAAGUCAACACACUUCAUAUAACAUCCCUGAGGCAAAGCCUCAUUCAUUUCAGAAAGGAAGAAUCUUGUUGAAAAAAGUAAAGGAUGAAAAAAUCAGCAUGCAGCCAGUCAAGUACUUUUAUGAACCUGUUGAUUGCCCAAGGGAACUGUGGAGACCACAAAAGAAAGGUGAACCAGUCUGCUCUGUCAGAAAGGUGAAUGCAAAAUCUAAGAUGGGUAAAAAGGCCAAACCGCUAUAGGAACGGUUAAUAACAUAUAUAGUAACACAGGAGCUUGGCUUCAACAGAACAAAUAUUGAUUGAAGUUAAUCAUCCUAUUUUUUUCCUAUCCAUCUGGCCAUGCCAAAACAUAUCAAAUUAUAUUAUAUAGAAAUAUAUACAGUAUGGAAUAUUUAUAUAUUAUUUAGUAACUCCAUUCCCACUUUGGGCACUAUAAAAGAAGUGACAUUUUAUUCAGUUUACGUUGAGUUUUUUCUAUCUAUCUAUUUAUUUAUAGAGCUUAUUUUAAAUGACUGCAGUUUUCUUGCUGGGCAGUACUGUGGCUAUAUAUUUUAUUAUUUUAGUGGCAGCAUGUGGCUAAGUUAUUUAUUUUCAAUCUAUGCCGUUGCUGAAAUUCAGAAGAAUCCAUUUAAUCGGCACCCAACUAUUCAGUCUUUGUGCAUAGGUAGGUAUACGGUCAAUGAUUAACUGUCACAUGUGCAAACAUAUUUAGAUGCAAAAAGUCCACGUGAGCUGACUUGAAGGCUGUUUAUAGCAAUAAACUGCUAAAAUGAGUUUUCUGCUAUAAGCCCAACUGGGCACAGUUCUACACUUUCUUACAUAUGUUAAACAGCUUGAUCUUGCCAACAGCCACAUUCUCGGUUAGUACAAGUUCGAGCUGCUUCGGUGUUUGAAGCACAGCUGCCACACUCUCGAAGCUUUACGUUUUUGCUGUAUGUAUGUACCAGCCUGUGGUGUCAUCGAGCACUGAGAGCAGACCCUGGCACCUCAGACCCACCAGCACUUUGAGGCAGAGGAGUCAUUUCUUUACUAAGUCGCAGCAGCAGGUUUUUGACAGCUGCAGAGCAGCAAGUGAAGGGGUGAAGUAGCAUGUUCAAUGCCUGUACUUGCUUUAAGGCAUGAAAGGCCAAAAUUGGCUACGAUCAUAACCUAAACCCAUCAAAUUUUUAUCUCUAUGAAGAAUCCUUAUAGAGUUGAGAGACUCCUGGAUUUCAAUAGAAACCCCCAGAGUAAGGGAGUUAGAGAAGAUUACAGGAGAGGAAUUUUUCACUGGCCUGCGUGCAUUUACAUUGGUUUGUGCCAAUUAAAAGGAUCCUCAUUCAUCAGAAUUUUUAUCAAGGUAAUUUUUCUGUGCAUACUGGUUUUUGGUAACAUGAAUCCUCAUGCCAUGUUUACAAAUAUGAACAUCCUGUUGAUGUUACUGAUGAGAUUAGUUUUCUCAAGAAACAGAAAGAAUAAGUGAAACAAGUCGGUGUAAUUUAUUUUUUAAAUGCUCAUAACAGAUGUAAAUUGUUUUUGUGGAAGGUGAUUUUUACAGUAUGUGUAUAAAGAUUUGUGAAAAAUGUUUUUCAUUUUUUAUAAUUAUCACUGUAAGCAGAACUGAGUAUUAAAAGACAGUGUAUCACUAUGAUUACUGCUGCAAUAAGCACCUGAGUUGCAAUAUUUUUAAAGCAGAUGAUGACCAAUCAGUCAGCUAAGAUCAGGUAAUUACAGAUGUCAUACAUUUGUCCAUGUAUUGAGCCCCCAGAAAGCAGAGAGUGAAGAAUGAAAGUACUAUUCCUGACUUUUAUUUUAAAGAGUGUAUAUGGGAAAAUCAGAUAACAUAUGUAAAGUUUCUCAACACUGUUUCAAGAGAAGGUCACAGUGAAAAACCAAUUCAGGUAUUUAGGUUGCAAUUACAUUUCAGUAUUUGUUUAGCUUUCUCACAAGGCCACAUUCAGCCUUAUGCUAGGCAUUAUGUGCUGGUGUAAAGGAUUUGUUAAUUGUGUUGCAUGUUUUUUGAUCAGAUAGUCUGUUACGAGAACUUUCUUAGGCAAGCCACAUAAGCAAAGCAUUCUUUAAUUUUUUUCUGUUGUUUCCCUCAUCCUUUGAAAAAAUGAAAAGUGACCCCUUUUGAAGAUAAUAUUGAUGAGCUUUAGAAGGAAAUAAAGUAAAAUACAUUAAUCAGUUCCAUUAUUCACUUGCCACUGAGAGGAUUCUUUUAUAUUUUUAAAUACCUAUCUGCUCUGUUAGUCACCAAAGUUAAGUGCAACUACUAGUUCACAAAUGAGAUAUUUAUUUUGUUAUUUAUCAUGUCAAAAUCUUGACUAUAAGUUGUCCUUUUGGGGGAGGAAGAGAAAAAGUGAAUAAAAGACUUUGCAUGUUCCUUAACUUUUCAGAUCCUAAGUUACAGUUACUUGCUGAACAAAUGCCAGGUUAGUUAAUUACAAAGAAAUUGGAUGGUACUGUAAGCCCAGAUAAACAUUUUUAGAAUAUAAACAUUCUAAUAAUAAAGAUAUAUUUCUCA